CUCUCUCCCCGGGUAACAGCGCCCCCCAGCGGCCUGGCUCUCCCCGGGUAACAGCGCCCCCCGGCGGCCUGGCUCUCCCCGGGCAGUGGGGGAUUUCCUGGGCGGAAGAAGCAGAGGGGGUUUCCAGUGUGAUCAGCUCAGUCUCCCCGCUGGAUCUCUGCUCUGGAUCCCGGAUUUCUCUCUCCCAGGACUGGACCGACAGAACCCGCAGAACCCGGAGAACCCGGAGAACCCUGAACCCGGACCAUGAGGAGUCCGCCUGCGGCCCGGAGGCUCCGAGGCAGCGGCAGGGUGACGGUUUGAAUCCCGGAGAGAGCCGCCGAGCCGCCGAGCCGAGUGAGCUGUGGCCUGCGGAGGAGAUUCAUGUCAUGUCAGCGGGGAGGAGUGCUGACGGGAGGGAGGUGCAGAUUCCCCUCCAGCAGGUGGCGCCCUCCCUGGCCCCGCCCUUAUCCGUGGCUCCUCCUAUCACCCCACCUCCUCACAGACCAGCCAAUCCCUGGCCUCCUAGUGAUUCUGCUCCUCCACAAGGUGUGCCUGCAGGUUUCCUGCCUCUUCACGGAGGAUUCAGAGAUCACUUUGUAGAGACUCCAGAGGCCAAAUACUGCUGUGAGGCCUGCAGGCUGGUCCUGUGUCAGCCCCGCCAGACUGAGUGCGGACACCGCUUCUGUCAGAGCUGCAUCAACGACAUCCUCAGUCGUCCUAACCCAGUGUGUCCAGCUGACAUGGAGCCGCUGUUCAAUAACAAGAUCUUCAGAGACGUUUGCUGUCAUCGGGAAAUCAUGGCACUGAAGGUUUAUUGUCGCAGUGAGAACAACGGCUGUCAGGAGCAGAUGAGUCUGCAGCAGAUACCUGACCACCUGAACGUGUGUCCGUUCUUUGAGGUUCCGUGUCCGUUGGGUAAAUGUAAAGAGCGAAUGAUGAGGAAGGAAAUUCCUGACCACCUGAACUGGAAAUGUAAACACAGAGAGACCACCUGCGACUUCUGCAUGACCAAGAUGCCUCUGACUGACCUGCAGAAACAUAAAGAGACGGUGUGCCCGGCGUUCCCGGUGUCGUGUCCAAACCUCUGCUCGUUCACCUCACUGCCGCGGAGCGAGCUCUCCAGUCACCAACACGACUGUCCCAAAGCUCAGGUGAGCUGUCAGUUCCAUCGCUAUGGCUGCACCUUCAAGGGUUUGAAUCAGGACAUGAGGCAACAUGAGUCUACCUUUGCAGCUGAACACCUAAGAAUGAUGGUUAACAGAAACGCCUCCUUAGAGAACAAGGUGGAGGAUGUUAAAGGUGAGCUGCUGGACAGGUAUAAGGUGCUUCCUGCUCUCAGCAGUCGUCUGUCUGAACUGGAGAACCAGAACGAUGAACUGAGAGAGAAGAACCGCCAGAUGGAGCAGAAACUGGCCACCAUGCAGAAACUGAUGAGCUCUCACUCAGAGAAGCUCCUGGAGGUGGAGCUGGAGCUGCGUUCUCUCCGUCUGCUCAGAGACGAGGUGGAGAACCUUCGAGGAACGCUGGAGAACGUCCGGACAAGACUGAACACUCUGGAACAAGGAGGACGCAGCGGAGCUGGAUCCACGACACACACUCUGGCAUCCCUUGAGACUCAGCUGAAUCGCCAUGACGACAUGCUGAGUGUGCAUGAGAUCCGAUUGGCUGACAUGGACCUGCGUUUCCAGGUGCUGGAAACAGCGAGCUACAACGGGACACUGAUCUGGAAGAUCCGUGACUACAAGAGACGGAAACAGGAAGCGGUGGCAGCAAAGACAUUGUCGCUGUACUCGCAGCCAUUUUACACCGGAUACUUUGGAUACAAGAUGUGCGCUCGCGUCUACCUGAACGGAGACGGCAUGGGCAAGGGGACGCACCUGUCCCUGUUCUUUGUGGUGAUGAAGGGGGAGUAUGACGCCCUGCUGCCGUGGCCCUUUAAACAGAAGGUGACUCUGAUGCUGAUGGAUCAGGGUCCAUCCAGGAAACACCUGGGUGAUGCCUUUAAGCCGGAUCCAAACAGCAGCAGCUUCAGACGUCCAGCAGCAGAAAUGAACAUUGCCUCUGGCUGUCCUCUCUUUGUGUCCCAGAGCGUCCUGGAGACCGGCAGCUAUAUCAAAGACGACACCAUCUUUAUCAAGGUUACCGUGGAUACCUCUGACCUUCCUGACCCGUGACUGUCUGACCUUGCUGGUCUGAGAUCAGAUCACCUGUCCACGCCCCGCAGAGCAAAGGAUGAUGGGAAGGAAAAGUGACGAUGGAGGAGGCUCGUCUAACUAAGAGCGACGCCCACAGAACAGAAGAAGAGACGGACAGGAAGCAGCCAAUCAGAGUGAACUUUACAGAGUGUGGAGGGUUGGCCCUCCUCUGAUUGGCGAAUGGACUACAGAACAGAGUGUGUGUGUGUGUGCGUGUGUGUGUGUGUGCGUGUGUGUGUGUGUGGAUGGAUCAGUGUUACCGUGACAUCACCAUGGUGACAACUCUCAGAGCCAACAUGGCCACCGGAGCAAGGACUUUGUUGCUGUUCAUUACUGAUGCCGUGCAUCAAGCUUUACUUCCUGUUUAUAACCUGUUUACCAAGGCAUGCUGGGAAAUCCACUGCAGCCACAGAGGAGCUCAGAAAUCAAUUAAGACCUGCAGGACCCAUUAAGAUCCACUAAAACCCAGUAGAAUUCAUCAUAACCCAGUAAAGACCAGUAGAACUCAGUAUAACCCAGUAAAGACCAGUAGAAAGCAGUAAGGACAGAUUUUUGUUAUUUUUCAAACGAAUAUUUAGUUUAAAUGAUUUUCUGUAAAUGAAAGAACGAUGUGUCUGAAUUUUUGAAGAUGCAGUUCAUGUAUGUAUCUCUGCUAUGAUUGAGUUUCAUUCACAGAAAUGUUCCCAGACUGAAAAGAAGAAUCAGAAAACAGCAUUUACGUGUCAGCAGUCGUAUUAGUGGGGCUGAAUCCAUCAGAGCAGCGCUGUGCUGUGACAGAAAUAAAGAGGGAAUGCUAUGACGUGAGGGUCAGACAUCUUAAGUUAAGUGCUCUUUAACUUAAAUAGAUCCUGAGGAAAUGAUUCAGACAGAGAGACAAUAUUUAUUUAUGGUUUAUUUCACACUGAAUGUUCAACACAAAGUACAGAAUGUUUCUCAGAUAAGGUUUGUUCAGCAGCUCAGUUUGUUUCAGGAGGUGGACGAUGGUUUAAUGUGACUGAUUACACCAGUAGAGACCAGUAGAAGAUGCCAGUGUUCCUCUGUGGCCUCGGUGACUUCUUCAGUGUCCGUCGACAGAAUUCAUCCGACUCUUUUGAUUCAUUUGCACAGUUUGAAUGUUUGUUAAAGUGUGAAAAUAAAAACUGAAGGAAACACAGAA